AUGUGGCAGCUGUUUCUGCUGCACCUGCAUAUGCUGCUGCUGCCGGCCUCCUGCGAGGCCGAGUGCGGCCGCUACGCCUCCGCGGUUGCUCUGGACGCCCAAGUCCUUCGUGUGCGCAGCCAGCGCCCAGGCCUCAAGUGCCCCAGGACCCGGCGCAGCUCGCGCGCCCGCACCAGGCUUCCCGCGGCUCUCGGGGGCAGUGCCAGCGUUUCCCACCUCCGCCUUCGCUGCGCCUCGGUGUCCCCACGUGACUUCUGGAAACCUCACACCCCCCCCACCUGCACAUUCAGCAGUCUGGCCCUCUGUGGUCUCAGUUCCCGCAUGUGCCUGUGGGAAGUACACACCUUCCCACGCUAUGUGGCAGUGUCUGGCCUUCUCCGGGCCUCGGUCUCCCCAUUUGCUCAGCCGGCAGGAACACCCCUUCUCCCGCCGUCUGCCUCGGUGGGUGGCCACGGCGGGUCAGGCAGCUACCGCCCAGUGGAAAGAGAACAAACCCUUGUGGGCUUGCGGGCCAAGACGUCACUUUGCUUAGUAUCGGUUUAUUGGCCGAUCUCUGUCAAAGCGGCCGAACUGUUCCGGUCGGGAGGCUUGAGGGGAGUUGGGCCGCCGGGGGCGGGCGUCUUCCGUGGGCCCCCCCGCCUCGGGUCCCCUCCCCGCAGGGCGCUCCGCAGAGGCGGGGGUGGGGGCGGUGGGAGCGCCGGCUCCAGGCGGCGGAACCUCCGCGCGGGGCUCGCGCGCUUCCGGCCGGCGCCUUUUCCCAGGGACGCCGCCGCCCCUCGCGCCCCCGCGCCCGCGCCCCCAGUCCCCGCGUCCCCGGCGCCGCCGGCCCGGAGCUGCCCGGAAGUCUCGGUUCCGCCGCCGGCGCUCGCCAGGGGAAGCCCGGGGCAGCCCGGGACCUCGGCCCCCUCCUAA